CGGGGAUUUCUUCUUCCUUCAUCUCUCUCUUCUGUCCUCUCGUCGCAGGAAUCCAAGCUUAGAGAGCUCUUCCCCUUGUCUCGUCGACGGCGAGGUGCAGGCGGGAUUCAUUCAAUCCUCCCAGCCAUGGCAGCGCCGGCGCCGGCGCAGCACAGGGAAGCUGAGGAGGAAGCGGAGGAGAUGGCGGGCGUGGUCAAGCUCAUCAGCGCCGAGGGUUUCGAGUUCUUCGUCGACAAGAAGGCCGCCAUGGUCUCCAACACCCUCAGGAACAUGCUCACCUCCCCUGGUGGCUUUGCCGAGACGCGCGAGGGCGAGGUCAGGUUCCCGGAGAUCAGCACCGCCAUCCUCGAGAAGAUCUGCCAGUACUUCUACUGGUCGCUCCACUACUCUAGUGGGAAGGAGACGGCCGAGUUCCCGAUCGAGCCAGAAAUAACCCUGGAGCUGAUGAUGGCCGCAAACUAUCUCGACACAUGACGAAUCUAUCCAUCGAUGCAUUUGUGUUUAGUAGAAAGGAAAAUGUGAUGAUGUUGCCUACCUUGUAUAAUUUUGAUUUGGGUCAAGUAAACAAUUAAGCUUGUUUGCGAUGGACACAGCACACGGCAGGUAUCUGUGGUGACUGACUGUCAACUUGCUUGCUCGCGAUCAGAUCUGGUCACUUGUAUGAUCAAUUGGACUGGAUUGGAUUAGGUCGCCAUCAGUUGCAGGGCCACAUGUUGCUUGUUUGUUUC